AUGCGCCUUCCAUCGGGCGUUAUCGAGCUCGCGCAGACCGUGUUCACGCUGUUCGGGGAUGCGGAGGAUGUAGCGUUGACGACGAAAGGCCUUGCGCCCAUGAAGUUCUUGAGCUUACCACUGGGGAGCGUUCGGCCUCAAGGAUGGCUUCUUGAUCAGUUGAUCGUGCAGACGAAUGGCCUAGCGGGGCAUAUGCACGAGUUCUACGAUCUUGUCUCCCAGAGCGACUGGAUCGGCGGUGACUCGUACUACUCGUACCUCGAAGAAGCUGGAAGUUACUGGUUUAAUGGGAUGGUGCCGAACGCCGUGCUCGUCGGCAACAAGGAACUUCUCGCGAAAACGCAAGAGUUUCUCGACUAUGUACUCGACCAUCAAGAUGAGAGUGGUUGGCUUGGGCCCGAAGUGAAUACCACGAAACCCAGAAUGCUGUGGGGAAGAUAUCCUUUUUUCCUCGGCGCCAUCCAGAUGGUCGAGUACGACCCGUCACAGACCGAGCGGGUCGUAGCGGCGUUCAAUAGGUUCAUUCCUCUUGCGAACAAGAUGAUGCACGCAGGCGAAGGCGUUGAUAAGUGGGCUGCAACUCGUUGGUCUGACUUCCUGAUCAUGCUUCAAUGGAUGUACGACAACGGGCACUCUCCGGGGCAGGAAGAGCUUCUCAUUGACACCAUGAAGAUGGCAAAGGCGACUGGUGAUCCUUGGGAGCUAGUGCUGAGUGAGGAGUUCUUCCCACCAGGACCAGCCGAGAACUACGAGAAUCCGUUCGAAGAGCUGACUUGGCACGGUGUCAACAUCGCAGAGGGACUGAAAGCUCUUCCUGCCACAUACCGUUUCACGCACAAUGUGACCGACCUUGAGAGGAUCAGUAAGGGCUGGGACAUGCUCUUCAAGUACCACGGACGCCCCUCCGGUGCCUUCGCUGCAGACGAGUUCCUCGCUGGCUUGGAUCCUGUUCGCGGUACUGAGCUCUGCCUCGUCGUGGAGGCGAUGUUCUCAGGCUCUUACCUCUAUCAGGUCACCGGUGAUCUGAAGUACGCUGAUCAGGUUGAGCGCAUGGCUUACAACGCGCUGCCUGCGACGUUGACUGGAGACAUGUGGACAAGGCAGUAUCUCCAGCAGCAGAACCAGGUAGCCGCGAAGAACAUGACCCCGAACCCAUUCCCCGAAGACGGACCGUACUCGAACGUCUUCGGAUUGGAGCCUAACUAUCCUUGCUGUACUGUCAACUUCCAUCAAGGCUGGCCAAAGUUCAUCACCAACGCCUUCGUGACUACACAAGCCAGAGACGCGCUGGUGCAGUUAUACCUGGGUCCCUUCAACGCGUCUACCACGCUCCUCAACGGCAAUGCUGUAACGGCUGGUGUUGAGACCCUCUACCCGUUCAGCGAUGCUAUCACUGUCACUAUCACCGCGCAGAAGCCUUUCACCUACUACGUACGCAUCCCUAGCUGGAUCAAGCAAGGGAGUCUUUCGGUCAACGACGCAUCGGCUGUGACCCUAUCUCCUGUGGAUGGGCUGCAAGCAAUAUCCGUCAGCGCCGGCACUACGACUAUCAUACUUGGUCUACCAGCCGAGAUCACGACAGAGUCGCGCCCACAUGGUUCCAUUGCCGUCCACCGUGGUCCACUCCAUUACGCGUUUGAGAUCCCUCGAGCGACGACCAUUCUCGCUCGGGAUCCCAAAGAGCCGCGUGCCGUGGAUUACGCCUUCACACCCACCGGUGAAUGGCGCUACGCUCUCGAUCCAUCUUCCUUCACGUUCGAGAAUGCGAAGGUGGACAAGCUUCCCUCUCCUAUCUUCGAUGCCGGCCGUCCUCCGACCACGAUCUCCGCGAAGGCAUGUGAGGUCGAAUGGGCUCUCGAUGGCGACAUGUUUGCUGCACCUCCGCCUGAAAACCCAGCGUGCGUGGGCGAAGAGAAGCACAUCACGCUCUGGCCAUACGGCGCUACGAAGCUGAGGAUUGGCGAGUUCCCCGUAGCGGCUCUGGCUUAA